UUCAGCAGCGAGCGGUGGGCGGAGUCUGCCGUCCAUCUUUAAUGUACUGGACAGAAGGGGGAUUGACGAGCUGAAAACAUUACCAAAUUUGAAAUAAGGAAUUGGCGGAUAUUUUGGUCGUGGCUGUCACAUAGAGAUACUGACGAAUAUUACACACUUUGAAAAAGUGACAGAAGGUAUGAAGACAGUAUCAUAGCGAAGCCAUGGCUGAUAAGAGAAAACUACAAGGUGAAAUAGAUCGAUGUUUGAAAAAAGUUGCAGAAGGCGUAGAACAGUUUGAAGACAUUUGGAAAAAGCUUCACAAUGCAGCCAAUGCCAACCAGAAGGAAAAAUAUGAGGCUGAUCUCAAAAAAGAGAUUAAAAAGCUCCAGCGGCUACGAGACCAGAUUAAGACAUGGGUGGCAUCCAAUGAGAUCAAAGACAAACGGCAGCUAGUGGAGAACCGGAAGCUUAUUGAAACGCAAAUGGAGCGAUUUAAGGUGGUUGAAAGAGAAACCAAGACAAAGGCCUACUCUAAAGAGGGGCUGGGCUUGGCUCAGAAAGUGGACCCAGCACAGAAAGAGAAGGAGGAAACGGAACAGUGGCUCACGAACACAAUAGACACUUUGAACAUGCAGGUGGACCAGUUUGAGAGUGAAGUUGAGUCCCUCUCUGUUCAAACGCGGAAAAAGAAAGGAGACAAGGAGAAGCAGGAUCGGAUUGAGGAGCUAAAGAGGUUAAUCGAAAGACACCGGUACCACAUUCGUAUGCUAGAGACCAUCUUAAGGAUGUUGGAUAAUGAUUCGAUCCAGGUUGAAGCUAUCCAUAAGAUCAAAGAUGAUGUGGAAUAUUACAUUGACUCUUCGCAAGACCCAGACUUUGAAGAGAACGAGUUCCUCUACGAUGAUCUGGACUUGGAGGACAUACCGGCAACUUUGAUGGCGACAUCUCCUCAGGGCCAUAUUGAAGAUGAGAUGUUCCUUCAAUCCAGCAGCACACCGACCUCCACCACUUCCUCUUCACCUAUCCCUCCAUCUCCUGCUACAGGCACAAUGGAGAUUUCGGAGGAUAAGAGAGGUCGAUCGACAGACAGCGAAGUCAGUCAGUCUCCUGUGAAGAACGGCAACCCAUCUCUCUCGUCCUUCUCCUCAUCCGCCUCCUCGGGCUCCUCCUCCUCCUCCUCUUCGCUGGUUUCUAUGGCUACUGUUGUCGGUGGCUGCACAUCGGUCUCCGGGGGCAGCAGCCUGCUGGGAAGCUUUAGCAGCGCAGUGCAGCAGCAUGCUCCUCAGUCCCAACAGCAAGCACAGGUCAAACUCUCCUCGACAUCCAUACCCUCCAACAACACACCUAGUCCGCCUAGCCACCCCACGUUACCUGCCUCCACUACUUCCUCUCUACCUAGUUCCAGCACACCCGGCCCAGUUACUUCCAAUUCCCAGUCCCAGGCUUCAUCUGUUCCUGGGAUUGAGGGCUCUAGACUGGGUUUGGGUCUGGGGAAAGGGGGCGUGACGGUGACCAGCAGCAGUAGUGGGGCUCAGAUGCCAGGUCUGGGCAUGGCAGGCUUGUCUGGUUCUCUCAACAGCAUGGCAGGGCUUCUCUCAGGCUCUACCCCUGCCCCCUACGCCCAGGCGGCUGCAGGCGGAACAGCAGGUAGUGCCUCCAGUGGUCCGGUAGGGAGUGGCAGUGGUAGUUCAGGCAUAUCUGUACCGAGCGGAGUUGCAGGAGGAGCAAACACAGGCGCGACCAGUAAUGGUACGGGUACAGGGACUGGUAUGGGCCUGCUAGGGUCGAGUCCGGGUCACGGGGCCCUAACCGGAGGAAUUCUAAAUCUGGUACCGGGGCAGACGACUCUCCAGGGGUCUGCACAGAUACCUGUGAGCCAUGUGGGCACAGCACCUGGAGGAGGAACUGGAGAGAGCGGAUUGGGUGGAAAUGGAAGCAGUUCUGUGGCGAGUGCAGGAGUCGGGACGAACGUAGCGCCUGCAAGACCCCCAAGCGGCCUCAAACAAAAUGGAGCAACCAGUUACAGUGCUGUGGUUGCGGACAACACACCAGACUCCUCGCUCAGCAGUGCCAGCCAAUCACAAAACAGCCAUUCCUCAUCCUCAAGCUCAUCAACCAAUCAAACUCUGGAUAAUGGCCCCAGUUUAUUGAGUUCUAUCACUCUACCCCCCUCCUCCCCAUCACCUGCUUUCACUGACAGCACACCUGGUGGUGGGAGUUUGCUAAACGGCCCACACUCCUACACACUCAACACAGAAGUCAUCAAGGCUCCUGAACCACCAAGCUCUCUCAAAGCUAUGGCAGAACGGGCCGCACUGGGAUUGACACUGGAUGGAGAGAUUUCAUCACUACACCUCCCAGAUCGAGCCCCACCUGGACCCACAACGGCUCCUCAGCCUGCUGUUUCAGAGGUCAACCUGCCGCCAUCUUUAGGGGCAUGUCCGUUAGGCCCCACCCCUCUCACUAAAGAGCAGCUUUACCAACAGGCAAUGCAGGAGGCAGCAUGGACACACAUGCCUCACCCGUCCGAUUCGGAGAGAAUCAGGCAAUACCUGAUGAGAAACCCCUGUCCUACACCGCCAUUCCACCACCAGGUGCCCCCACAUCAUUCGGACUCUAUUGAGUUCUACCAGAGAUUGUCCACUGAAACGCUCUUCUUCAUUUUCUACUACCUGGAGGGCACAAAGGCGCAGUACCUGUCAGCUAAAGCACUGAAGAAGCAAUCGUGGAGGUUCCACACCAAAUACAUGAUGUGGUUCCAACGACACGAGGAACCCAAGACCAUCACUGAUGAGUUUGAACAGGGCACGUACAUUUACUUUGACUAUGAAAAGUGGGGCCAGAGAAAAAAGGAAGGAUUUACGUUCGAGUACAGAUACCUGGAGGACAGAGACCUGCAGUGACUGACGGAGGAAGAGACGGGGAGAGAGAGCGAUCGCUACGACAGAGAAAACGCUGCUGUUGACAUUCCGAGAUGAACUCCAUGUCGUGGUUAAAGUUGGAUGUGAAGUUGGCCUUUUUCUUUAAAAGAGAGAGAGAGAGAGCAGGGGGUCGAGUGCCUGUUUACAUGCAAACAUUUGAACCUCCUUUACCGUUGUCUUUAUCCCUUUCAUUUCUGUUCUAACUGAAAACCCCACCUAGUCGAGCGACGGAAAUUAAAGGAAACAAUUGGGUUUGGCCACAGACAAAACAUUUUGCUCGUAGUUUGUGUUUGGUGGAGUGCUAUAUUAGCGAGUCUUAUUCUCUUAGAUGACAUAUACUGACUAUGAUGUACCGGCACUAUGCGAGAUCCUGAGUCUAAUGCAGUGAUUGGUUGUUCUUAGUUCAUCAAGCCCCUCUGGGAGUGUUUAGGCACUGUGACUUUGCCUUGCGAGAUAACGUGUCGACCAUUAAAUUGCUAUGCAAUUGAAUUCCUCUCGACCUCCCUACCUUUAUCAUUACCUAAAUGUGGUUUUGCUAGACCGCAAAAAAAAAAAGUUGGCGUUGAUGGGGUAAUGUUCUGUAGCAUCUAUCUUACAUAUGUUCACAAGCAAGGUGGGUUGAAGUUGUCAGCCUUCAAAGUGGCGUGUGAUUAUUUGUCUGUUAAACAUGGCAUGAGUGAUCUCACUUCAAAAAUAUCUAAUAAAAAGACAAAGAUUAAAAUAUGUACAAGUUUAAAAAAACAACUUAUUUUUCUUUCUUUCAGUGUCCUUUAGGUUGUCCAUGGCUGAAUAUGAUUAUGUUUGUGUGGAAGUGUGCAUGUAAAGUAAAACAAAAGCCUUCCCUCAACUUUCCACAGUUAUUUUUGACGUCUCAAAAUCUCAGAAUUAUUCUCAGAUACUCUGCUGGACAGUUUCCCUAAAUAAAAACAAAAUAUCAUUGUUCUGUUAGUCCAUUUAUUAGGCAAAGCUUUUUCAAACACCCCACAUUGUGACACGAUCCCAUGUGAGUUUCCAUUCAUUUCAGUUUCCUCUAUUGUUUGGGGAGAACGACGGGCUCGACCAACACUCAAAAUGAUAUAAAUGUGAUAAGAUGGAAAGUAUUUUUGAUGCACAGGGCAGCUGAUUGCAUUUGUCUAUUUCUCUCCAGUAAUAAACACCAUCAUCCUUGCCUUUUUUGACAUGGACAGGACAGCAUGCGAUUGUGAUGUCGCUUCGUAGGCUGAGAGGAAACAAAAUACAGAGUUGUAAAAUUUCAAUAAAAUACUUUUGUGAUGCAAUGACA